AUCUCAUAUUAAAACAAAAUGUCUAAAUUCGUUACCUUGAACAAUGGAGCAGUGAUCCCAUCAGUGGGAUUGGGUGUCUACCUUACUACUGCUGAAGAUGCCAGCCGUAUUGUCUAUGAAUCAUUAAAAGCUGGUUACCGUCAUAUUGACAGUGCUGUAUUCUACGAGAAUGAAGAAGCUGUUACUGGAGCUAUUGCAAAAUGGUUGAAGGAAACUGGAACUGACAGAAAAGAAAUCUUUUACACCACCAAGAUUUUGAAAUUUGGGGACGAAGCUAAACCUGAAAUUGAAAAGUGUUUGGAGAAGUCUAAGAGCAUCGGAUACAUCGACUUGAUUUUGAUCCAUGCUCCACUUGCCAAUUCCGAAGGGCGUCAUGGUGCUUGGGUGGCGUUGCAAGACGCUGUUGCAAGUGGAAAGGUCAAGAGUAUUGGUGUCUCCAACUACGGGGCACAUCACUUGAAGCAACUUUUGGAGUAUCCAGACUUGAAGGUCAAACCUGUUGUGAACCAGCUAGAAAUCCACCCUUGGUUGGCUAGGAAAGAAUUAGUUAAAUACUGCAGAGACAAUGGAAUUGAAGUGCAAGCAUUCUCUCCCUUGGUAAGAGGAUAUAGGUUUGGUGAUGAGGACGUUGUGGCCCUCAGCAAGAAGUACAAUGUUUCAGAAGCCCAGAUCAUGAUCAGAUGGUCUCUUCAAAAUGGGUUCAUUCCUCUUCCUAAGACUGUUAGCGAGACACGUUUGGUUAGUAACUUGGAUGUAUUUGAUUGGAGCUUGUCGAAGGAAGACAUGGCUUUGCUCGAUGCCAAAGAUGAACACUUUGUAUCAAUGCCUGAGUGGGAUCCAAGCACUAAUCCCUUGGAUUAAAGUCGAUCACCGGCUACUGUCAAUACUUAUUUUUUGAAACCUACAGUCUAUGACUUUGGAGAUAUCGGUAGAAUUAAGGUUUUCUAUAUUUACGGGUAUAUGCCCAGCGGCUUUUUCCAAAUGAAUAUAUUUUAAAUAAAUGCCAUAAAAGACUAAUGA